GUCGGAACACACAUCUGCAGUGGUCACGUGCGAGGGCAGCUGCAGAGGUGAAUUUCAUGGCUGACGUGCGGAGGAGAUUGCCUCUGCUGGUACUCGYUGUCGUCGUCUUCCUGAUUGUCGUCUUCCUCUACGUGUGUUUUUYGUGGCGGCCGUGGAAACAACAACGCAAGAGGAGGGCUUCGACGAGACGGGCGGCAGGCGAACGUCUAAUGGCGGGCAUGCAGGCACGACCGGCUGCUGCCGCAGGUCAGGGAGGAGUUCGAUCUUCUGCGGCGGAGCCUCGAAGGCGGUACAACCCGUCCAUGUACACCCAUCUGGAGUCGUGGGACACACCAUUGCCCCCGUCGGACGAGGAGCUGGAGAAGGAAGAACUUUCGACGUUGCCUCUCGCUAGCGGCUCGACUCAGUUGUGGUCGCAGACGGUGCGAGCAGGCGGGUCGGCUUCCGACGGAGGGGGCGAGUUCACGUCAUUGCUCCAUCAAGGCUUGCGGGACGACGACGACGGAGGAGUUGAUCUGAGGUUCGAGUUGUGUUCUGGCGGCGGAAGGGAGGCGAGUCGCACGUUCAUCAUCGACGGAGAUCAUUCGACACGUGGCGUUGAGCAUGGUGGAAGUCUGCAUACGGAGCAGUCCACUCUUCGUCGCGCUGCACUCGUGACUUGCGUGGUCGGGCCAUCGCCAGCGGGACGGCAGCAUGCAUCGACUGCUCCGUCCGUCGAUCGAUUGGGCGGUGCACGUUCACUGAUGCCUGCGUGCACAACACCGGUCGAAUCCGGAGUGAGGGACGAGGGAACGUGCAGAGCGCCGGUACGUCCACGACCCACUGUGGAGAACAUAACACGUGGAGUGUCGAACAUGCGGGCACACAGCGAUGGAGGCGAAGACGACGUUGGCUUCGGUGACGACGCAAACGAAGGGAUGAGGGAAGACGUGGAAGUGGGGGACGACGACGACGAACGGGAGCAAGAUAUGCACCUCGCCCGCUUGUCUCACAAUUACGGGCGGAUGAAGACGAAAGAGUGGAAGUGGGAGGACAUGUCGAAGCGGAUGGCGAAUGCGGGGAGGCCGAAGGACGCUGACGACUGCAUGAAGAAGUGGGAUAAUCUGUUCCAGAACUACAAGAAAAUUCAGAGGUUUCAGAAUGCCAGCAGGCGGCCAAAUUUUUUCAGGCUGGCGAACGAAGAGAGGAAGGAGCACAACUUCAAGUUCUGGAUGGACAAGGCGUUAUACAACGAGAUCCACGCAGGCAUGGUGGGGAACCACACGAUUUUCCCUCCCAACGUUGCCGACACCGGCAGUCCGGAUGGGGUGCAGCUGCCCAGGCGAGGAGAGGGUGGCGGGGAGUCUGUUUGUAGUGAGGCGGUCGGUGAAGGCUGCCCUGACGAGCGUUCUUCUGCGAGGGAGUCCGACAGCAACGCAGGCAGCGGGGCGGGAGGCGGGAAGCGGAAGAACGCGCGUCAGCAGGCAUUCAAGUCCAUCUCUGAUGUCAUGGAACGCCAUGGCGCACUGAUGUCGUCGACGAUCAAAUCGUCUAGCAAGCGGCAAGCGAGCAUCUCCACGAGGCAAUGCGACAUAUUGGAGCAGGAAGUUGCCGUCCAAAAAGCGCACUAUACGGAGUCCGAUGAGACGCAGAGGAUGAUGUGCCAAACACUGUUCGAGAUCGUUGCCGCCAUCCGUGGUUGGUCGGCGAUGUAGGCCAUUACGUGCUGUGUUGAUCAAAGUUGGUUCUUUGCCGUCGUCAUCGAGUUCUUUUUUUUUUUUUCGGUUGUGAAUUGCAUGAUGUCGC